AACACGAUUUUCAAUGAUCAAUGAUUAGAUAAAAUGGAUUUACUGAUAUGCGAUAUCAAAAAAUGAUAAAAUCAGUUUGUAUUUUGCGCGUAUUUGUAAAAGAGAAAGUGCAGCUGACGUUCGGCCGCAUGGGAUUUCGGUUAAAUGCGAACUCGAUGGCAGACGUGUUGAACGUCCUUCAACAUAAAUAUAAAGGAAUAUUGGUUUUUACCGUUAUCCUUAUAACCGCUAGUAAUAAGGUUGUUUUUUGUUUAUCGCCGAUACUCUAGGAUAGAAGAUUGAGAAAACCGUAUAAGGCUAAGGCAAACAUGUCAAGGAAACGGCUUAAAGUCGUCCAGAGUCUCGACUAGAGGUAUGAUGUACAGUGUGCCUACAAUGAAUGUUUUCGUGAAACUGAAGUGAACAUAACCCAUCAAAUUCAAAAAUCCAGGACUUAUCACAGUUGUAACCAUGGCUUCAAUCAACAGCAGAUCAGCGAAAAUCCACGAAUUUAUGGCCCACAAUGCCAACGUGAACUGUUUGGCUUUGGGCCACAAAUCGGGCCGCGUAAUGGUAACAGGGGGCGACGACAAGAAGGUGAACCUUUGGGCCAUCGGCAAGACAACAUGCUUCAUGAGCCUGGGCGGCCACACCACCCCCAUUGAGUGCGUUCAGUUCAACCAGCUGGAGGAGCUGGUCUGUGCCGGUUCGCGGGCCGGAUGCCUUAAAGUGUGGGACCUGGAGGCGGCUAAACUGAUCCGCACCAUGAACGGUCACAAGUACAGCAUCAAAUCCAUCGACUUCCAUCCGUACGGGGAGUUCCUGGCGUCUGGCAGCGCCGACACCAGCAUCAAACUGUGGGACACCCGAAAGAAAAGUGCUAUCUCCACCCUGAACGGGCACAAGGGGUGCGUCAACAGCAUCAGGUUCAGCCCGGACGGGCAUUGGAUCGCGUCCGGCGGCGAGGACGCGACGGUGAAGAUGUGGGACAUCAGAACGGGACGGGUGAUACAGGAGUUCUCGGAUCAUUUCAGUGCUGUGACCUGUGUUGAGUUUCAUCCGCAUGAAUUUCUGUUGGCCACCGGCAGCAUAGACCGGUCAGUGCAUUUGUUUGAUUUGGAGAAUUUCGCAUCUGUGUCGUGCGAAAAGGAUUUGGGUGCAGUCAGGACCUUGCACUUUAAUCCGGAUGGUGAGUGUUUGUUUACUGGUGUUAGGGACUUCUUGAAAGUGGUCGGCUGGGAGCCCAGCAGGCUUUACGACAGCGUACCUGUUAAUUGGGGCCGCGUUUGUGACAUUGCCUCAUCACAAAAUCAAUUGAUCGGUGCGUCAUUCCACCUGACCAACGUCCAAGUGUACAUGGUGGACCUGAAGAAGGUCCGUCCCCUGGGCAGCACCUCCAUAGAAGCACCGUCUAGUCCGUUCACCCCCAACCAGAGCAUACGGAAGAGCUUUUCGAAGGCCGAACGUCCCGUGAGCCUCAAAAAUCGGAGCCUGAACGUGAAAACUAUAGAGGAGAGCACAUCGGGGACGGAUCCGGAAGAGGAGUCCAUCGCGGACAUCACCAAUCUGAACGACUACGAGGAGAUAUUCAAAGGCAAAGGACUACGACGGACGCCGCCCCCUCCAGAACCAGAAGUCAGUUUCGAUGAGCCCGAAAGAGAAACGUUCCCAGUCAUAUUUUCGGACCCAUCGAUGCCGCAAAUACUCGCCGACCCCGUGAACGAAAGCUUCGAAGCCCUAUCACUGGACAACAACGUGAACAACUACCACCGCAACCCGGAACCGGCGUACACACCCACCAAAUACUCCCGCUCGAAAUCCAACCUGGACCAGGUGUACCAGAGCCGCCUGUCCAAGCAGCAGGACAGGGAGAACAUCCUGCCGAACAUAGCCAAGACGAAGUCGACCCCCCGUUACGCCAUUCAGAGGCAGAGCAGCUGCAAGGACGUGCCGGAAAAGGAGAAGUCGCAGCGGCAGAACAACAUGCGGCACAGCUACUCGGAGGAGACGAACGUGAACAGGGGAUCGAUGUCGUCUCGGGUGCCGUCCAGGAAGAACUCGAUCAAUCGACGCACCUCUGGCACGACGGUGUCGGGUCCUACGCGGAUACCGAACAUCAACAGUGCCAGGACGGUGGAGAAGAACGACAGGGUGAAACCAGUCACCUACGGCGAACCGGUGAAGGCGAUGAACUAUUGUGAUCCGAUAAAGACGCCUAACUAUAAUGAUACGAUGGACGAUUAUGUGAACUCCAAGGGGUCGCCCGUUGAUGACAUUUCCGAAGCGGAAUACGUACCGUACUCGGUGGACAAGCCUGGAGCUAUUAUUUUAGAUGACUUUAUACCUAAAAACCACCAGACGAUGGGUUUUUCGCAGCCCUACCCCGAAAUGUCGGAGGCUGAAGUGAUAAACGCUGUGAUGCGUGGCCACGACACUAUCAGCGGGAUCAUGAAGGUGCGACAGCGCAGCCUCCACCUAGUCUUAACACAGUGCAAAACGAAAGACGUUAAAACGGGUCUGGAAACUGCCAUUAAUAUGGAUGAACUGUCCGUUCUGGUGGAUAUUCUUCGUGUAAUCAACAAUCGAUUCUCAAUCUGGAGUCUGGAUUUAUGUAUACCUGUUUUGUCCAAAAUGCAAGAGUUGUUACAAAAUAAGUAUGAAACAUACAUGACGACGGGUUGUGGGUCCCUGAAGCUCAUCCUGUCCCACUUCGGUAACACCAUCAAGACGAACGUUAGGUCGGGUACUGCGGGUAGUUUUGGUGUGGACAUUUCCCGGGAGGAAAGGUACAGGAAGUGCAAGAAGUGCUACGACUAUCUGGCGGAGCUGGAGCCGAUAAUCAAACGGAAAACCACGUUACCGUCGACAGUGGGGGAGAAUUUCAGGGAUGUUUACUCGUUACUGAAGAACGUGCUUGACUGACGAACGCCUAAGCUGCACCUGCUGAAGUUUAAGAACGCUAGUGUCUAAAAUGUACAUACUGAACUAAUUUUUCGGGGUACUUAAACUGUAGACGAAACCAUUUGCUCAUCUAGACCCAAACAUGACCUAAGUUCACUUUUUUAUGGCGCUGUCUAUAGUUGUUUAAUUAAUUUAUUUUAUUAUUUGUCUGUUGACAACUUAGGUUUAUUGAUUUUUUAACAAAUUAACUCAUCUGUGAUUGCCAGACUCGACGACGAAAGCGAAAUUCCUUGGAAGCAUAGAAGUUAAGAGGGUAAGACUGAGUUCUGGAUGAACUGUUGAGUUUCAUACUCAAAAAAUUGCACAAUUAGUUGAUAACAAUGCGUCGAGGCUGGCAAUUAAUUAAAUUAAGAAUCAUGGACUUGUAAAUUCACACUUCAGUAUUAUGGUACGACCUAAACAAAAAUAAUAUUGACAGUGUGGUGGAUCCUACAAAGUUAACUAUCAAAAUGAAUCCUACUAGUGCCUAACAUGUGAUUCCUUGCUAGUUAAUAAAUUGAAUUGUAACCAGUGAUAUUUUAGACACUUCCCAUGACUGUAUUAACUGGUCUCAAGAAUACUAGUAAAUUGUGAUUUUUAUGUAGAAACUCUCACUAACUUAUUCUAACUUGAAAAUAACCAAAUGUAACUGCGUGAAAAUGGAACUAAAUGUAAAUGUACGACUUAUAUCUAAUGCCAUGUAAAUAUGGAGUGAAGCUUGCAGUGUAAUUAAUGUUGCUAGUUCCAUUUUUUCUGUUAGAAUAGUUCUGCGUUCUAACUUAAGAUCCCUCAUUGCUUCUGAUCAUGUGAUAUAGGUAGUACAUCAUUGUAAUUAAACCAUUAAACGAUAUACGUAGAAACAAGCUCCAUUUUAGUAUUGAGUAUUAUGCGUAAGACUUAAAAUUAACUUCAAACAAAGUCCGUCCAUUAAUAUUAAAAAAAAUUAUACAUAUAUAUAACUAAUUUUUCACGCAUAAUCAUAGAUUAGACUAAUUAUAAUGAAGAUCAAUGAUUACACUUUUUGGUUUUUUGAAUAUAGUUUAUAAAUUUGAUUUUGCGGUUCUGGCUUUUUACUUUUUAUUUCGAUUGUUUUUAUCUGUUCUCUUGCCUAUUUCAGAUGAUUUGUGCCAUCGCAGUUUUAAAUCGUGUUUUUAUUUGUUGUAUUUUUUCCGAUAUGUUUUCUUUAUUCUCUAACGAUUGUAAUAUAACUUGUAUACUACCAUUGUAAUAAUAUUUAUAAUAAAAUUGUUAAUAUCAUUA